GCACUCUCAACUCCAAGGCGUUUUCAGCGAAUAUUCUUCACUGCUCAUCUUCAACGUCAAGUUUCACCGAUCUCAGCCCAACAAAUUCCACCACAAGGCCACCAUGGAAAUGAAGAAGAUUGUCUGCGCUGUCCUCUUCGCCGCCGCCUCUGUCAGCGCUGUGAUGGCUCAUGAGGGUCACGCCUACACCCACAGCCCUGCCCCUGCCCCAGGACCAGAAGGAGCCGCAAAUGAUGCCUCUGCCAGCCUCCCUGUCUUGGGGUCCUUGGUUGGUGCCUACAUUGUGUCCUUCAUUGCUUACUACAUGCAGUAA